CCCGCCGGCGACCCCCGGCCCCGAGCCCCCCGCAACGCCCGCAGCAGCCCCGAGCCCGGCCCCGCCAUGGCGCAGCGGGAAGCGGCCGCCCCGGGGGCGGUGCUGGCCUCUGCCUCCGGAAGGGCUGGGCGCCGGGCCGGCAUGGCCGCUGCCUCUCGCCGCAGGAGCAAGGGCCGGCCGGCCCCGGGCGGUGAUGGCGAUGGUGCUGUCGGAUCCCCGCGGGCAGGCGGCGCCCACGGCGGGCCGCUGGUGCUCGGCGUCGCCGGGGCGGUGGAGGCAGGGGACGACAAGGUGCCGAAGAUGCUGCGGGCAGGCCUGGCGCAGCUGUCGCUGAGCAGCAUGAAGUCGGCAGGUGCAUGCAUAGGCCGCCCCGUCCUGCUCAGCGCCGCGGAGGGGAGGCAGGAGGUCUGCACUGCUUGGCCCACCACAGGCUUUCCAGGCGGGAAGGUUGGACUGAGUGAAACCACGCAGAAGAGCCUGAAAGUAAAUCUGGGUGAUGCCGUCACUGUGCAGCCUGUGACUGGGGCAGUCAUCCAGGCAGAAGAGGUUGAUGUGAAGUUGAGGGACAAAGAUGCCUGUAUUAAAGCUGAGGAAAUGUCUGUCUGUCUGCUGAGAAACCUAGAUGGGAAAGUAGUUUUACCAGGAAACCUCCUGGCUUUCUCUUUCUAUGGCAAACUUUGUAACAUCGUGGUGAUGAGAGUGAAAGGAACUGACGGCGCAGAGCUGACCUCCCCGGCCACCUCCAGCGAAACGCAGGAGCCAGACCUGGAGAAAUCUGACCUGGAGGCGAGCGCGCUGGAUUUGUCCUUACAGCUCAGCGGGUUGGACCUGGAUGAUAACCCUGAGGCUGCGUCCGUGAGCACACCAAGCAAACAGAUGGACCCAGCCUCACCAGUUGCCCCCAGCUCUGCCGUGGCAGCCAGCGUGCACAACUCUGCUGAGGGAGCCCUGACCUGCAGCCCCGGGGUCAAUGCAGACCUGCCCCAUGGUUCGCAGCCGGCUGGGAUGGGAGGCAGGGAGGGACUCCUGCUGCCUGGCAAGGUGGGAGCAGCAAGCAGCACAGACACUUUUUAUUACAUUUCUUCGAGAACUAGAAUCCAGUUUAUUGAAACCAGGACCGGCAUAGCAGAAGACGGUGACUGUGAAUCCCGAGUUACCUAUGAUAUGAUAGGAGGUUUAAGCAGCCAGCUCAGAACUAUUAGAGAAACAGUUGAACUGCCCAUGAAGCAAGCUGAACUGUUCAAGAGUUACGGAAUCCCUCCUCCUAGAGGAGUGCUGUUGUAUGGCCCUCCAGGUACCGGGAAGACGAUGAUUGCCAAAGCCAUUGCAAAUGAGGUUGGAGCUCAUGUAACCAUUAUUAACGGUCCUGAAAUAAUAAGCAAGUUUUAUGGAGAAUCUGAAUCAAGAUUACGUCAGAUAUUUGCCGAAGCUUCUCUACGUCGCCCCUCCAUUAUAUUUAUCGAUGAGUUGGAUGCACUCUGUCCAAAGAGAGAAGGGGCUCAGAAUGAAGUUGAAAAGAGAGUUGUUGCUUCCCUGCUGACGUUAAUGGAUGGCAUCGGCUCGGAGGGCAGCGAAGGGCAGCUUGUGGUACUUGGGGCCACCAAUCGUCCUCAUGCUCUGGAUGCGGCACUGCGCAGACCCGGCCGUUUUGAUAAAGAAAUAGAAAUUGGCAUUCCUAAUGCCCAAGACCGUCUGGACAUACUCCAAAAGCUUCUGAAGAAAGUUCCCCAUUCGCUCACAGCUGCAGAGCUGAUGCAACUGGCUGAUAGCGCACAUGGCUACGUGGGUGCAGACUUAGCAGCCUUGUGCAAGGAAGCAGGUUUGAACGCACUGCGGAGAGCUCUGGGGAAGCGAGCUAACCCCUCAGACAACGAGGUGGCUGGGUCAGUGAUGAUUGCUUUCAAUGACUUCCUGCAAGGGAUGAAUGAUGUCAGGCCCAGCGCCAUGAGGGAGGUGGCAGUUGAUGUGCCAAAAGUAGCUUGGUCAGACAUAGGAGGACUAGAAGAUGUCAAGCUGAAAUUGAAGCAGGCAGUUGAAUGGCCGCUCAAACAUCCCGAAGCCUUCAUCCGAAUGGGGAUUCAGCCUCCCAAAGGUGUGCUGCUUUAUGGACCUCCGGGAUGCUCAAAAACAAUGAUAGCGAAAGCUUUGGCUCAUGAAAGUGGCCUCAACUUCUUGGCAGUGAAGGGACCUGAGCUGAUGAAUAAAUAUGUUGGUGAGUCUGAACGAGCAGUGAGAGAGAUCUUUAAGAAAGCCAGAGCAGUGUCUCCUUCAAUUCUUUUCUUUGAUGAAAUAGAUGCGUUGGCAGUUGAAAGGGGAAGCUCUUCAGGUGCUGGAAAUGUAGCAGACCGUGUCUUGGCUCAGUUGUUAACGGAAAUGGAUGGGAUAGAGCAGCUGAAGGACGUGACAAUUUUGGCAGCUACAAACAGACCGGACAUGAUAGACAAGGCCUUACUGAGACCAGGAAGAAUAGACAGAAUUAUCUAUGUACCAUUGCCAGAUGCAGCCACUCGCGAGGAGAUCUUCAAAAUUCAUUUUCGGUCUAUGCCAGUCAGUGAGGAAGUCUGCUUGGUGGAGCUUGUUCAGCACACACACAAAUAUUCAGGAGCAGAGAUAACAGCAGUCUGUAGAGAAGCAGCCUUGCUAGCUCUUCAGGAAGACAUAAAUGCCAAAUUUAUCAUGGGACGGCAUUUUCGGUAUGCACUGACAGUCGUGACACCAAGAAUUCCCGAUUCCUUAAUCCAGUUUUAUGCAGAUUAUCAGCAGCAAAGUGGACUGCACGCACUUUGAAAGGCAAAUUAAUACAUACGCCUGCUCAUAGUGUGAAUAGCAAAUUUCCUUUGUAAAGCUGUCAAGAGCUAAAGAAUUUUGUAUUGUACACAGUGUCCAAAGUUGACUCAAAUGCAGAAUCGUCAUAAUAAAUGCCCAUGUGGAUUUUUUGAGUGUAACAGAAA